AUGCCGGUCACUGAGAAGUCUGUAAAAGAAGUGUACACGGCUCUUCUCCCCCAAACUAUGGUUGUCGCCGAUCUCGGUUGUUCCUCAGGACCAAACGCGUUGGUCUUCGUCUCAAAUGUGAUCAAUGCCAUAGCUGAACAUAGCAGAAACGACUUCAACCAGCUCUUUCGGUCACUCGAACAGUUCAAGAGGUCAGCUGAAAUGGAUCGGAAUGGAGAUACGCUACCUCCGUAUUACGUUUCCGGGCUGCCAGACUCGUACUACGUCAGGCUUUUUCCUCGUCAAAGUGUUCAUCUCUUCCACUCCUCCUACUGCCUGCAUUGGCGCUCUCAGGUGCCGGAGGGUCUUGAGGGCAAACGAGAAGUGUAUCUAAAUGGAGAGAACAUGUACAUCGCCAAAAAUACCCCACCGUCGGUGGUGAAGCUAUUCCAAGAGCAGUUCAGGAAGGAUUUCUCUCUGUUCCUGAGGCUUCGCCACGAAGAACUUGCGUUCGGCGGUCAAAUGGUGCUAACAUUUCUUGGGAGAAAGGACGAGGAUGUAUAUAGUGGAGAUCUCAACCAUCUCUUUGGCUUGCUUUCGCAGUCUCUACAGUCUCUUGUUGUGGAGGGCCUUGUGGAGGAGGAGAAAGUAAGCUCCUUCAAUUUACCGGCCUAUGGGCCGUCGGUCGGCGAUGUGACGGCAUUGGUGAAGGAAAGCGGCGCCUUCGAGAUAGCUCACAUCAAGCUGUUCGAGCAGAACUGGGACCCCUAG